UAACAGUGGUAGGAGGGCACGUAGCAAUGCAAUUGGCCAAACACUGCUAAAUUAGUGUGUGUUAUAGGAGAUGCUCACCAACCAACCAUGGUGAUAUUAUUUAUGUAAGAUUUCACAAAUAGUUUUCUAACUAGCACGCAAACAGGAAGGGUUUUGGGUCGACAGCCAAAACACACAUUUCGGCACGAAGGGACAAACGGUCCCCUUAACUUCAGCUGACGCCAACAGUUUCGUAAGGAGCUGCCCAGGUCACCUGAUCUGACCCCCCCAUCAUCACAUCUACUGACCCCCCCCCAGGACAGCAUGGCUAACACAGACUCAGUCAAAGUCCGGGUCCUCUCUCUGAAUUGCUGGGGGAUCCGCUACCUCAGCAAACAGUGUCCUCAGCGCUAUGCAAUGAUUGGAGAUAUGUUGUGCAAGGAAGAGCACGAUAUCGUCUUACUGCAGGAGGUGUGGAGUGAGAAAGACUAUCUCUCCCUGAAAAAGAAACUCGCCUGUAGCCAUCCUCACUCGCAUUACUUCAAGAGCGGAGUCAUCGGCAGUGGACUGGCUAUUUUCUCCAUACACAGAAUCCAUGACACAUUUCUGUUUCGCUACUCACUGAAUGGUUAUCCUUACAUGGCUCACCAUGGAGACUGGUUUGGAGGUAAAGCUGUUGGGAUGGCUGUCUUAAACAUUGGCAGCCUGACUGCAAACGUCUAUGUGACUCAUCUGCAUGCAGAGUAUUGCAGAGACAAGGACUCUUAUCUACCUCACAGAGUGGUCCAGGCCUGGGAGCUGCAGCAGUUCAUCCGUCACACCUCCGCUGGAGCAGAUAUGGUGAUUCUGGGAGGGGACCUGAACAUGCACCCCCAGGACCUCGGCAACAGACUCCUCAGGUCUUACACUGGACUCCAAGACGCUUAUUUGGAGACUGCUAAAUUUGAUGGAUGCGAGGAUGGUAUGACCCUUAUAGCCGACAAUCCUUUUAUCAAUAAAAAGGAGCUUUGUCCCUUUGAAAAGGGAAUUCGAAUCGACUACAUCCUGUUCAAGGGUUCUACCAAAACAGACAUUUAUUGUGAUUACAUGUCCACCACCAAAGGCUCCGUCCCAAACCAUCCUUUCCCAUACUCCGACCAUGAGGCUCUGACUGCUGGACUGAGGCUGGAGACACACACUCAGACUGAGACACGAAGUGACAGGCAACCAAAGAUUAAGGACUCUGCUGCAGGGAAGCUGGCUGUGUUAGUGGACAUUGUGACAGAGGCGCGCACUGAAGUCAAAGUGGGCCUGCAUUGCGCUGAGAGGAUGCGCUACACGGCAACGCGCACCGGAGUGAUGGGGUUGGCUCUGCUGGUCCUGGAGCUGGCCAUCGCUGCGGUGCCCUGGUUGGCCCUGGGGAAAGAACAGCCUUUCCCUCGUACCUCCUUCUACCUGCUGGCUGCUCUGUGCUUCGCCAUCCUGCUGACCACCUUCCUGCUGUACAUCUUCUACACCAUGGAGCUGAAGGCUCUGCAGGGGGCUGAAGACCAGAUGAGGCUGGCUGUGGGGAGUCUGCAGGAGAAGCUCAGGGGCUUUCCUCUGGCUCAGCCCCACAACGCCCCGCGGAGGCCCCCAGAGGGUCAUGAGCCCAGUGCAUUGGCCCCGGAGGAAUAAAAGAGGAGCUGACUGCGGUCAAAGUGGGCUCUGUGAGAGGAGCCUUUGAAGUGAGCUUUAAGAUGAAUGUUGGAGAAAGUCCUAUGAAUGUGUUUUAUGCUCUUAAGAUUUAGAUUUGUAUUGCAGAAUGCAAACGUUUUUGAAGGACUUUUCUGAAAGUAGUGCAGGACACAUGCUUUUUAUACUUUUUAUAUACUCGUCUUCACCCCUAGAUUUCCCUCUUCAGCUAAACAAACACUUCCCGUUACAUAACAUGACACUUCUGUGCUACUGCUGUUCUUAACGCUCAUAACUGUGACCAUUUGUGUUUCUUAAGCCGCUUGUCCGACUUGCAUUCCACCAACCAGUAGUUUCAGCGGGACCAGAUGUUUCUGUUUUUGUUUUCAUGCUUCCCUUUUGUGAUCUGGACACAAUCAUAGUGGGUCCAGACUGUUUGCUGAUGUACUUACAGAGAGAAACCCUGUGCACUCCACUGCACGAAGACACAGACACUCCUAAUGUUGAAGGUUUACAUUUAGGUCAGUACCUUUUUAUUUUUACCAGAUUGUUUAGAACUUCCAUAAGCACUUAUAUGAAAACUCAUGCGCCAGUGAAUACUUGUAUUUUUAGUAUUGUAAGAUCUGCAUGUCUCAUGUUUACUGUAUUGCACAGUAAAGUAUUUUAAUGUUAGAGACCAUCUACACUCCUAUUUCCCAAAGUAUCGCAUUGAUAAUGCACUGUAUGUUUGUGUGUGUGUAUAUAUAUACUUUCAAACUUGAUCUAAUUGGAUCACAUUAAUUACUUUUUAAAAGAAACAUCAUGUACUGUAGAGAACUAUGAAUGCUUAAUAUAUCAUUAGUGUGCAGUGCACUUAGCUGUCUAACCAGAUAAACUACUUCCUGUUAUGUGAAAGUACUUAAUGAUCCAUGCUGUUGUAAAACAGUGUUAAGACUCGGCUGAAACCUAACCAUGACCGUAUUGAUAAUGUUAACAGUAUUCUUACACUCAGUGUUGGAAAAGCACAAGUAGUUCUUAAUCUCAUAAAGGUAAUAACAUGUAAAAUAAAACAUGAAGUUCAUUCCAAUUGAAAAUUGUGAUGGGCAUGAUUAUGAAAGCAAUAAUAAAAACUAUAAAUCGAC